AUGCAUCCACAGUCGUCGUCAUCACCGACACUGCAGCAGACUCAGACUGAUGCCAUAUUACAGUUGCUAAAUCUCAACAAACCGACUGAGAGCUCGGCGGAUGCGUCACCGGCAUUAGGUUCAGGCAAAUCAAGUUCACAAAUAAAAAUCCCAGCUGCCACCGGACCACCUGUUUGGAAAGUCCUUGUCCUAGACCAGAGGACGAAAGACGUGCUUGCUACCGUUCUACGGGUCCAAGACCUUCGCGACGUAGGAGUGACGUUGCAUGUGCAGCUUCACUCUGCUCGCCCAGCUCUGCCAGAUGUACCAGCUGUCUAUUUCAUUUCUCCUACACUGGCUAAUGUGCGCCGCAUCGCCGAAGACCUGGAAAAUAAUCUGUACGAAUCGUUUCAUUUGAACUUCGUUGAACCUCUCCCGAGAGCGCUACUUGAGGAGCUGGCAGCUGCUGUUGCGAAGGAUGGUACGAAUGAACUGGUGGACCAGGUCAUAGACCAAUACCUUUCUUUCAUCUCCCCUUCUCCAAAUUUAUUCUCCUUGCUCCCUCCAUCUAUUUCGCCUGCACAACCUGCUAGCUCUACUCCUACCCCGGCCGCUUCGCCUGCAUCACCCUCAUACUUGCUGCUUAACUCGCCGUCGUCGUCGGAUCAGGAAAUCGAAGAUGAAACAGAGCGAAUAGCUAACGGGCUAUUCAGUGUCGUGGCUACUGCAGGACACAUUCCGUACAUCCGGUGUCCAAAAGGGAAUGCUGCAGAAAUGAUAGCUCGCAAGCUGGAGACAAAGAUCCGCGAUGCAAUACUGACUGCAUCUCGUUCCCACUCUGCGACGCCUGGUACAUCACUAUUCUCCCAGGACUCAUCUGGAUUAUCUACCCUUCAACGUCCUCUUCUUCUAAUACUUGAUAGGAAUGUGGACCUUGUCUCCAUGGUCUCGCACGGUUGGACAUAUCAAGCCCUAGUAUCUGAUUGUUUAGAUAUGAAACUCAACCGAGUCACAAUUGAGCCGACAAAAUCACAAACUCAGAAGAGGGCAUAUGACUUGGAUGCUAAAGACUUCUUCUGGGCUAAAAAUGCAGCCAGCCCAUUCCCACAGGUUGCCGAGGAUAUUGACGCAGAGCUCUCUCGUUACAAGCAAGAUGCAGCAGACCUUACCCGAGCGACCGGCGUAACUGAUAUGAAUGAUAUUUCUCAACUGGAUCCAGCUGCAAAUACGACGCAUCUCAAGACCGCGAUCACGGCGCUUCCUGAGCUCACAGCCAGGAAAGCGACCUUGGAUACACACAUGAACAUUGCGACCGCCUUGUUGGAACAUAUCAAAGACCGCGGGUUAGACGAACUAUUCAGCACAGAAGAAGCCAUUACGAAACAGACGACACAGGCUAUCCUUGAGCUCCUUCGCCAUCCUAAAUCUGAAGGGAAACCUACACCAGCAGACAAACUCCGCCUUGUGAUCGUGUUCUAUCUUUCUGCACCUGACAAUGCGAUCUCGAAGGAAGAUACAGCAGAGCUAGAGAAAGAGCUGAAAGCUGCAGGAGCUGAUGUCUCUGCGUUUGAAUACGUGCGACGCACGCGGGAGAUAUCUCGUAUGUCAGUUCCGGGGGCUUUAGGCGGUUCGGCGACACCCGUUGUUGGUGGUCAGCCAGCAGGGGAGCUGUUCCGAGGGUUCAGUGCAUUGGGCAAUAAACUUACCGACAGACUAAAGGAAGGGGGCCUUGAGAAUCUGAUAUCUGGCGUGAAAAAUUUCCUCCCUGCGAACAAGCUUCUCCCGAUUACCAGGCUAACAGAAGCACUCAUGGAUCCAUCCUCCGCAUCCACUCAGUCUUUGCAAGAAACAGAUGAUUAUCUCUUCCUCGAUCCACGAACAUCGCGACAUGCUGGCCUCGGGUUAUCUGGAGCUGGGGGCGCAACUGAUGGACUAGGAGGAGCAGGUGGAGCGAGCGGUCGCAGCAGGCGAAUGCAGCUCAACGAGGGUAUUGUAUUUAUUGUGGGUGGGGCCGGCUACGUGGAAUAUGGAAACCUGGAGGAAUGGGCGGAUCGUAGUGGGAAGCGAGUAACAUAUGGCGGGACCGAAUUGCUUGAUCCUGGCUCGUUUGUCAAGGUGCUCGAGGAGUUAGGUAAAUCGAGAACAUAG